UGUGAGCUCUGCUGGGCUCGGCCACCGGCCCCGGGCCAGCCGCUGCCCCGUGGGUUUGCAAGUUCGGUUGCCUGGCCUGGAUGUGGAUUUGCUUUUUCUGUUUUCAUUCUCCGUCUUCUUUCGUCUGUAUUUUUUGGUUUUAUGUCUUAGAGGGGGGGAAAAAAAAGAACUUUUCAAAGCAGGCCUUUGCACAGCUGAAGGCUACUCUGCCCCCACGUGGAUGCGGACGUGGACGCGGACGCUCCCCCGGGGAAAGAAGUCUGGAAGUAAACUUACCUAGCUGGCCUGAAGGCCUCAGCUUUGGUUGGACUGUAAGUUUUGGAGUCAUGACCUUCUCCCUGGGCAGGUGGGAGUCUCUGUCUGCUUUGGGCUGGACCUGAACCUCGGCUGGCACCCACUUCUCCCCACCCCAAUCACAUCUUGUACCGGAGCUAGGCCCCGGACACUGAUCUGCAGCAUGGAUAAAUAUGACGACCUGGGCCUGGAGGCCAGUAAGUUCAUCGAGGACCUGAACAUGUACGAGGCCUCCAAGGAUGGACUCUUCCGAGUGGACAAGGGUGUGGGCAACAACCCUGAGUUUGAGGAAACUCGAAGGGUGUUCGCGACCAAGAUGGCCAAAAUCCAUCUCCAGCAGCAGCAGCAGCAGCAGCAGCAGCAGCAGCAGCAGCAGCUCUUACAGGAGGAGGCCCUGUCUAGGGCAGGCAGAAACCCUGUGAACGGUGGGAGCCGUCAGGGUGUGAACAGCAAGCUGGCCGCAGAUGGUGCCGCCAAGCCCCCCUUGGCUGCGCCAGCAGUGGCACCUGGAUUAGCCAACACCACUGUGGCCCUGCAGCCCUCAUACCCGUCUCAGGAGCAGAGGGCCAGGCCAUCUACCCAUGGUGCAAGGCCUGGCAAUCAGAACUGUGGUUCCAGGGAGGCGCCUGUGAGUUCCCAGAGGCCCGCUUUACACAGCCUGGGUCCCUGUGAAGACCCUUCCUGCCUCACUCAUGGAGACUAUUACGACAAUUUCUCUCUGACGAGCCCACAGUGGGGAGAUAAGCCAGAAGUGUCCCCCAGCAUGAAUCCGAGUGUAAGGAGUGGGUGGCCUGAUUGCCCAGGGAAUGAUUCCGCAUUGCCCAGAUCCUGCGGGGACCAUUACCCUUAUGAGCCACAACUCCCUGUGUGCUCUGGCAGGCCUUUUGAGAGUGCCAUCAGUGGCCAGGAUGGUGGCAUUAGUGGCCACAGCAAUGUGAGGCCAACAGGCCUUUGGUCGACUGCCUCCUCUCAGCGCGUGAACCUCGGCUUUUCCUCUCUGGGCUUGGAGAACGGGGCCCCAGGUCAACCCAAGAGCACAACUGUUUCUGCACCUCCGGAUCCUAACAGCACUAGCCAAGGAGCGUGUCUGAGAAGAGAUUCAGGUCUGGGAUGUGAGGAUUCAGGCAGAGCCCUCCCUACUGUGGAUGCUCAGCCUUGGCUCCAGGAUGGCCCUAAGUCUUACCUCUCUGUUUCUGCUCCAUUACCCUCAACAACUGUCAAGGGCAGCACCCAGCCAGGUAUGACCCCCGAGCUGGGUCCUAAGCCUGGAUGCAUGGACUCUGGCACUGGUCCCAAGCCCAGCCCCGCCAGCCUUGUCCAUCCGGUGAUGUCCACUCCGUCUGAGUUACCUUGUAAAGAGGGUCCUCCCAGCUGGUCCAGCGACAGUAGCCUGGGACCUGUGCUUCCAGAGAGCUCUACCCCCACCAAGGUGAGGUUGCCCUGCCAGACCCUGGCACCAGGUCCCGAGCUUGGACCCUCCACUGCGGAGCUGAAAUUAGAAGCGCUUACCCAGCGUCUGGAGCAAGAAAUGGAUGCUCAUCCCAAAGCAGAUUACUUUGGAGCCUGUGUGAAAUGCAGCAAAGGCGUGUUUGGAGCCGGCCAGGCCUGUCAGGCCAUGGGGGACCUCUACCACGAUGCAUGCUUCACCUGCGCAGCCUGCAGCAGGAAGUUAAGAGGAAAAGCCUUCUAUUUUGUCAAUGGCAAAGUUUUCUGCGAGGAAGACUUUUUGUACUCUGGCUUUCAGCAGUCUGCCGACAGAUGUUUUCUUUGUGGACAUCUGAUCAUGGACAUGAUCCUACAGGCCCUAGGGAAGUCCUAUCACCCCGGCUGUUUCCGCUGUGUCGUCUGUAAUGAAUGUCUGGAUGGGGUACCUUUCACCGUGGACUCAGAGAACAAGAUCUACUGUGUCCGGGAUUACCACAAGGUGCUGGCCCCAAAGUGUGCAGCCUGUGGGCUUCCCAUCCUUCCACCAGAGGGCUCAGAUGAGACCAUCCGUGUUGUGUCCAUGGACAGAGACUACCAUGUGGAGUGCUACCAUUGUGAGGACUGUGGUCUAGAGCUCAAUGACGAGGAUGGUCACCGCUGCUACCCGCUGGAGGACCACCUGCUCUGUCACCCCUGCCAUGUCAAGAGGCUGGAGAAAGGACCCUCACCUGCAGCCCUCCACCAACACCACUUCUAGCCAGGGUUGCCCAGGGAGGUGCCUGUGGGGUACUUCUGGGGCCCCCCCCCAGACCUGGGGCUCAGGAAGAGGAGGGACAGGAGGUCAGGUCAAGUCCUCCUGUGUGUGUGAAGGCUACCUUUCUUUUUAACCACAGCAGCGUGCACUCCCCAUCAAGUCCGUGUAUUUUCCGGGUGUCCUUCCCCAUUGCCAUACCCUCACCGAAUCACUCAGGAAGAUGCUCUAGCUUGCACACGGCACACGGCACACGGCAACAAGAUUGGGCCUGUGUAACUGGGCACGUCCUACUCCGUGGAGAUAGUUCCCGUUUCAUGGGGACAGGUCUUCGGAUUGUGUUGAGCAUAUUUCACGGUGUUCCUAAGGAGAAGCGGUGAUGGAGAAGAUGAGCAUCGCUUCCCGACUCUCGGGGAAAUACCUGCACCCAGAUAGAUAAUCCUCACACACCCUAUGGUGGGAAUUACAGCUCUUUUCGCCUCCGAACUUUAGUUCUUCUGAGAAAGCUGCAAACUCUCACUGCGUUACAGCAAGACAGAAGCAUUGCAUUAUGCUUUGCUACCCUUGGAGUUUGCUUUGACAUCUGGGAGGCUGGGUCUCCCUGCUGUGCCUCUGCCUCUCCUCCCACUCCUGAGGCAGCUGAGCUGUGGCAGAGGCCUGCCCUGUCCUACACAGCCAGCUCUGUGAGAACCGGCGCCGGUACCAGGCUUCUUACCCACGGCUUAUCCUCUGGUCGGUGACAUGGGAGCUGCUCCCGUAAGGUGAGUCUGAGGAUCUCAUGUGCUCACAUCCCGGACACCUCUUUCUGCUUAUGUGCUCAUGGGCUUGAAUACGGGUCCAUGUCCUGGGAGAGAGCUCCUUUUGAAAGGAGAGUUUUUUUGUGUGUGUGUGUGUGUGUGAGGUCCCAAAGCUUAGCACCCGAGGGAGUGCCUGAGGGUGUUACUGAGCUUGUUUUAGAGGUAUCACCCCUGUCCACUUCUCAGCACAGACAUACAUUCGGUUUGAAGAAACCAAUAUAAGGUACACUGCUUUUGACUGGGUUUUUUUUUUUUUUUUUUCCUUCAUUAUUUUUCUCCACCUUUUUUUUUCCCACACACAAAACAUACCUCACAGAUAGUUUUCACUAAAUCACGGAUCAAGGAGGAAUUCGCCCAUCAUAUCAGAGUCUAUUGGUCUAUUAGCAGUGUCGAAUUUCUACUCUUGACUGCAGCUAAGCAGUCUGGUUGCAAGCAAGGCCAUCGAGAUUAGAUGCAACUGAAAUCAGCAUUCUGGCCCCCUGUGCCUCUGU